GCUUUUGAUUAGUAUGUCAAGGCUUAGAAUUCAAAAUUAACUUAGGUUCACCAGAUCACCACAUCACCGCACAGCCACAUCUCUCUCUCUAAAUCACUACCGCUUAAAUUAAUUUAUAUUCCACAAAGGAGCCACUAUGAAGCUGUCUAUCCGUAUGUUGGACCAGCGCACCAUCAGUCUGGAGAUGAGCGACACGCAAGACGUUCGAUCUCUGAAACAGCGCCUGGGCAGCCUGCCCGAGGUAUCUUUGCCCGUGGAGAGCCUGCAGCUAAUAUACGGUGGCCGCAUCAUGGAGGAUGUCCUUCCUCUUAGCGAAUACCACAUAGCCGAGGACAAGUUCAUCGUACUCAUGCGCAAAAAGAGCGAGCAGAUGAAGCCGACGGAGGAACAGGUGCCGCUCACACCGCCGCCAACUGCUUCUCCUAGUGAGGUGGUCACACAGGUGGUGGCGCCUUCAGUAGCUGCCGAUGAGCAGCGAGUCCGCGACCUCAUGGCCAUGGGCUAUGGCGAGCAAGAGGUCCGCUCUGCCCUCCGGGCCAGUUUCAAUCAUCCGGAACGUGCCAUAGAGUAUCUGAUUAAUGGUUUUCCUCAGGAAACUCCUUUGGCUACUAGUCCUAGUGGCGAGGCAGCAGAGGGGCUGGAACAACUGGUGGGGGAUCCUCGCUUUGACCGGGUGCGUGACAUGAUUCGAGAGAAUCCGGAAUUGCUGCAGCUGAUCCUGGCCAGACUGGCUGAAACCGAUCCGGCCGCCUUUGAUGUUGUUCAGAGCCACCAGGAGGAGUUCACAGCUAUGCUUACGGGUGGUGACAAUGCUGCCAGUGAGGACUCUGAGACGGGAGCCACCGUGCAGGUCAGCCUGACCGCCGAAGACGACGCCGCCGUGGAGCGCCUGGAGGCAUUGGGCUUCCAUCGCUUGAUGGCCGUGCAGGCUUACCUUGCCUGCGACAAGGACGAGCAGUUGGCCGCCGAGAUACUGUUCCGCCAGUCGGAGGAGGACCAGGCUGAAUAAAGCGAUUGGGCGCACGUAAAUGCAGCCAGAACAUAACCUAACACUUGGCCAAGAGCGAAGGGUGAUGCUGGCCCAGUUUUGUUGCUAGCACGGGAGUGAUUGAGGAGCGGGUGGGUGGGUGUUGCGCGUUGGUGG